CGAACUUGGUUUGGGUCGCCCCCACCAAGUGGCAUACCAAACAGAAACCACCAAACCGUCGUGGGACUACCAGGCCGCUUGCCCGACGUUGGCUCCUGACAAGUUUACCGGCUAGUGUCGCUCGGCCACGGAGCCUUGCUGCUGUCUCCUUUGGCGGCGCUCUCGUCGACAACGACCACCUCUCUUCAAUCAUGGCCACCACCAUGUCGCAAACCCCCUCGCCAGCGACAUCCCCUCCGGCAGCCUCUCCGGCCUCGAAUCCGAACCAUCCUCCGCUUCCGCCUCUCGUCACCUCUCCACCAAACCGCCAUUCUACGCUUUCGAGACCGCUCUCCCACGCCUCCAAGAAUCGAUUGUCUCAAUACUCCACCGGGUCCAUCCCCUCUCGAUCGCGACCGCCCUCUCACAUCUUUCCCAUGUUUCCAUCGAGCCUCCCAUACACCCUUGUGCGUGAUUUCGCCUAUCCGGUUGUGCAGUCCAUGCACUAUGGACCCCUUCCCGAGCCUUCCCAUCCCGCCUCCGGUCUGAGCACGCCCAUGAGCGAAUCUCGACGACUCUCGGACCCGCCCGCCACCUGGGACUCCAAGAUGAGCUGGGAGACAGGUGGCUGGCAGCCCGAUGGUUUUGGUCGUGGCAACGACUUGCCUCCGAUACAAUUCGGUGAUGGUCCACCCUGGAGCGAAGAUGAAGAUCUGCAGAGCCCUGUUGUGAGCUCACGGCAUCGCAAGCACAAGUCCUCGCAUGCUGCCCUUGGGCAUGGGCGCCAUAACGGUGGUGCUUCCAUGGCGAACCCUGCCAACUAUGACAGAGAGCGGGGAUAUUUCAUGGGCACAGCUGGUGAUGGUAGCGAGCGUUACUACGUGAAUCAGGGAGGCGAAGCCAACGGCCCUGGCGGCGAGUAUGUCACCUACUCUGCUGCACAGGCACGGCACUCUCGCCACUCAUAUCAGAUAGGCGAGCAGCCACCGCGCCAGUAUCUUGACCAUGGGGGACCAAGGUCUGAGUCGGAUGCCUCAAGCUCUGCGUCUUCGCCUGGUUUCCGUGAAGAAGAUCAGUCGCGGUACUCCAGAGACUACCAAUUUACCAUCACGUCACCGGACGAGGAGAUGCACGGCAAGGCUGUAGCCUUGUUUGACUUUGAACGGGAGAAUGAAAAUGAGCUGCCGCUGGUGGAGGGCCAGAUCAUUUGGGUGUCAUAUCGCCAUGGCCAGGGUUGGCUGGUAGCCGAGGACCCCAAGACCAGAGAAAGUGGACUUGUUCCGGAGGAGUAUGUGCGUCUUCUGCGAGACAUUGAAGGUGGGAUGAACAGUCUGACCGGCAACCUCGGAGAGGGACCUGUAUCGCCUCACGACUCAGGCACACCGACGCAAGCAGAUCACACCACCACAUACGAACAGCAGCAGCCUCCUGCGACCACUGCGCCAGCCAACGGUUAUCAUCAACCCGUCGUUUCGACCUUCUCAACAUCGAGCAAAGACCUCGACCCGUACCCUACGCAGCAACUCGGAAUCCAAGCGGGACAACCACCGCCGCAAGUCAUACACUAUCAUGGGCAACGAGGUGGAAGCCAGGCAAAUACUCCCACACUUUCGUCGCAUCAGGAAACGGGAGCCAUGCGCCGCGGCAGCCAGGACCCCAGUACCAAGACGAACGAUCCCCAGUUUACGCCUGUUGUUGAGAUUGUCGAGGACAAGACAGCCGACAGCUCGAGCACGCCACAGGUAGUCACAUCAGCAGAAGAGCCUGCGAACGAGAAGGCGGUGGGAGAGGACAGGUGA